CCUUGACGAAGAAGUUCUAUUCACGAUAUUUAUAAUGCAAGAACCUGUUGUAUAUGUAUACUGAACUUUUUGGAACGGCGACGUUUUUUUUCGGAUUCAUGAGUAGGAUAAGGUCGUGUACGACCACCUUCCCGAGCCAGACUCUAAGAUCAUCUCUGCACGAGUCCUCAGCCCUUCUGCUUGCUCAAAAUGGGUUUUCUGCAGCAGCUCCUGGCGCCGCACCAUCUUCCGGAGCAAUUCGAUUGUUUCUCGCACACCGGAGUAGGGGACAUGGUGUCUCUUCCGGCUCCUCGAGCAUCUGCUGUCUUCUCGUCAGCACAGCAUGCUUUGACGACGGCCCAUCCGUUUUCGCAAGCGCGACCAGGAACUACGUUGGGACCACGAAACGCCACGGGCGGGUCAAUGUCAUCAGCGUCGUCGACGUCAACAAGUUUUUUGCACACAAGAAAUGCAAUUAAUGAUGCAAGUAUCUCUGCAGCUUACAACGUGUCGCGCGGGCUGCAGGAGGACGUCGACCCAGCAGUGCCGACACUACAACUAGGCGGCUCUCGCCGUGCGGAAACUACGAUGGCAGGGAGAGCCAGUUCGUUUUAUGCGCACCACAAGGCACCGGCAACUUUGCCAGCCUCCCCGGAUGAUAACAUUUGGAACGCGGCGUCAGAGUUGCAGUACACGUACGGCUAUCGGGAAAUCAAGAAACGGGUAUAAGAAAUAGAGACUUUCAUAUGGAUCAAAAGUGCAUAAGCAUAUCAAUGUAAGUUUCAUGUGUUGAUGGCAGCACAUUCACAAGAACAUGAUCAAAAAAUCUUCACCAGAUAAACGCCGUUGCUUCCUACGCCGCGAUGGGCUGUCUCGGGGCCUUGGGAAUCGGCUACAUCACCACAAACCUGCUCCAACAAGAAGCACCGCGGCAGAAACGCAAGCGAGCGGACUUCUGAUCUCCUGGUCGAUGGCCAGAUUGCGUGUGCGGGGUGGACGCGAAGUAGCCCUUGCAAAAGAUCAUGACAGUGUGCUUCAUUUUCAUCAAUCUGCAGAACUGGUUUACUUUUGCGCAUGUUUAAUAUUGUGUCGACGACCACGACGUAGGCACUGUCUGUAGCCGCACAAUGUUAAUGUUCACUUUCCUUUUCGCUCCUGGCUUCUGCUUCUGUUUCGGGGAAGAUCAGCACGCGGAGGACACAUCUAAAGACACACUCACCAAAUGGCACUAAGUACUACCGCUCGCUGCUGGUGUAUCGCAAGAAAAAAGUGUUACAGUUACACAUUGUCAUGCAAGACUGGCAACAGAGACAACCUUUCUCAUGCAGGAAAUGCUUCGAAGCUUCGUUUCCUUCCUGUUUUCCCUUAAUAUGAUCUUCGCAUUACAAGUUUUCUCUGCCACACAGAGAAAAUUUGUGAUGCAGAAACUCCAACAAAUGUGUAACUGUAACACUUUUUUCUCGUGAUAUGGUGAGAAGCAGCCGGAGCCGCUUCCUUAGAACCAGGCAGAACUGCUAUUCCAAACCUAAAGAUCAAAUUUUGGGAAUUUCUAGAGACUAUUUUACUCACAAGAACUUAAUUGUUGAUAUGCAACAACUUGCUACGAGUACGACCACGUUGUAACGAUGAAGGAUUUUUCUUGCUGCAAAGCAGUUUUUGGAUUGUUUCUCCUGAGCUAAUUUUGAAAUUUCACUCUCGUUUGUUUCCGUUUCUCGCUCGAGUUCUUCUUGAUUCGCAAUGAAAAACGAAAAGGAACAGGCUUUAGCUUUGAAGACAGUUUCAACCCGCUGUGUCGCUUGUAAGUGCAAAUAAAAUGGAAGCACUGCGCAAUAGAUUAAUAU